CGUAAAGCGUGACUGGCCCCGCCCCCGGUGCGCCUCCUGUGACGCAGGCGCCCAGGGCUUUUUGGGCGGGAAAAGGCGGCGGGCUGACGGAGCCGCUGUGUGUACGGAUUCGCGACUUUCGCGGGGCAGCCUCUUCCCCGGCAUGGGGCUGCUGGAGCUGUGCGAGCAGGUGUUCGGCACCGCAGACCUCUACCGGGUACUGGGCGUGCGGCGCGAGGCUUCCGACGGCGAGGUCCGGCGCGGCUACCACAAAGUGUCCCUGCAAGUGCACCCGGACCGUGUGGACGAGAACCAGAAAGAGGACGCCACCCGCCGCUUCCAGAUCUUGGGGAGAGUCUACACGGUUCUGAGUGACAAGGAGCAGAGAGCAGUGUAUGAUGAACAGGGGACAGUGGACGAGGACUCUGCUGGCCUCAAUCAAGACCGAGACUGGAAUGCGUAUUGGCGGUUACUCUUUAAAAAGAUAACGCUAGAGGACAUUCAAGCCUUUGAAAAGACAUACAAAGGCUCGGAAGAAGAGCUAAACGAUAUUAAGCAGGCGUACCUGGACUUCAAGGGUGACAUGGAUCAGAUCAUGGAGUCUGUGCUUUGUGUGCAAUACACAGAUGAGCCCAGGAUAAGAAACAUCAUUCAACAAGCUAUCGAUGCCAAAGAGGUUCCAUCCUACAAAGCCUUCGUUAAAGAGUCUAAACAAAAGAUGACUGCAAGAAAAAGGAGGGCCCAGGAAGAGGCUAAAGAAGCAGAGUUGAGCAGAAAGGAGCUGGGCCUGGAGGAAGGAGUGGAUAACCUGAAAGCACUAAUCCAGAGCAGACAAAAAGAUCGGCAAAAGGAAAUGGACAAUUUUCUGGCUGAGAUGGAAGCAAAAUACUGCAAACCUUCCAAAGGAGGUAAAAGAACGGCUCUCAAAAAGGAAAAAAAAUAAAGGAGUUUUUUUUCUUCAUGGGUCCUUCUGUGUCAGUGGUGCUGUGGUAGACAAGGUGAAGGCACCUAUUAGCCUAACCUUUGAGAGAAGUUGUCCUACAUUAAAACAUGGAUCACCUAAGCCAAGCAGGCGUCAUCACCCUGUUCUUAGUAUUUCCUAGAAUUCACCUGACAUUGUAUCAGGGCUUCACAUGAAGGGUUUGUAGCAGUGAUGGUUGGGAGGGUGGAUUUGACAUUUGCUUCCAUGGACCUUCUGCUCAGGGAGCUCUAUCUAGAAUAUUGGUUUCUGUGGACUGCUUUUGCUGAUGUGCAUGCACUAAAGAAAUACUCUACCUAUGGAGAACACCUUCAGAACACCUGCUGAACAGCUAUCUUUUAAAUAAAUGCUAGUGUGCUUUGGUCUUAAUCUUA